AGAGCGGAAGUGCCCCGUCGGACUGUGUUGGGUGUGUGACGCCAGUACCGAAACUUCCUGGUUGUCGCGGCUCACCUGACGAAACUGGAGCAAUAAUUUACACAAAAACACAAUCGUUCUGCUCAUAUAUGCAACUCAUAAACAUUACAUCACUACAUCACAUCAUCUGUGUGUUAGUGGAAAGAGAAUUCAUCAUUUAAAGCUCAGUCACGCGCUGCUGGAGGAGCUACAGACCACGGAGGAUGUGGGUGCUUCCCGUUGGGAAGGAUGAAGAGUUCCCCAGCUAACCGCAGUCGGGACAUCGAGCGGCAGGCCGGAUAUCUGCGCCCGGAGCACUGCACCCCGCCCCCUCCGCGCUCCCACUCCGCCAACGACAUGUGGUUCAUCCGGGACGGCUGCGGCAUCGUGUGCGGCGUGAUCACAUGGCUGCUGGUGUUCUACGCCGAGUUCGUGGUGGUCUUCGUAAUGCUGCUGCCGGCAAAGAAUGUGGCGUACAGCUUAUUUAACGGCGCCGUGUUUAACGGGCUGGCCUUCCUCGCGCUGGCGUCGCAUUUCAGAGCCAUGUGCACCGACCCGGGAGCCGUUCCAAAGGGAAACGCCACUAAGGAGUUUAUCGAGAGUCUGCAGCUCAAGCCUGGACAGGUGGUGUACAAGUGUCCCAAAUGCUGCAGCAUCAAACCUGAUCGAGCACAUCACUGCAGUGUGUGUAAACGCUGCAUCAAGAAGAUGGACCAUCACUGCCCCUGGGUCAACAACUGUGUAGGAGAGAACAACCAAAAAUACUUUGUGCUUUUCACCAUGUACAUUGCUUUGAUUUCCCUUCAUGCUCUCAUGAUGGUGGCUUUACAUUUUGUCUUCUGUUUUGAAGAAGACUGGACAAAGUGCAGUUCCUUCUCUCCUCCGGCGACCGUCAUCCUCCUCAUCCUCCUGUGCUUUGAGGCUCUGCUCUUCCUCAUUUUCACCGCUGUGAUGUUCGGGACGCAGGUGCACUCCAUCUGCAACGACGAGACCGGAAUCGAGCAGCUGAAGAAAGAAGAGCGACGAUGGGCCAAAAGGUCGAAGUGGAUGAACAUGAAGGUGGUGUUCGGUCACCCGUUCUCUCUAGCCUGGCUCAGUCCGUUUGCCACGCCGGAUCAUGGGAAGGCCAAUCUCUACCAGUACGUGGUGUGAGACGGCGAUCCAUCGAGCACAACCUCACCUCUUCUGUCUCUCCACAAACAUGUCUUUUUGCUUUUUACCUCUGUCUAUUCUUGAAGGUCUGUUUCUGAAAGAUCUGACAGCACAGAAACUCUCGCCACACGGUUCUAGUGGCUUCUUUACGUUCAUAGAGUAAUACUGACGUCCUGAGCACCGCCGGCCCAACCUGCACUGUUAUCACACUGUGAACGCUGUGAUCUAGAUCAUGUUUUUGUGAUGAAUUUGAUUCUGCAGCCAUUUGAAUAUAAGCUGAUGAGAUUUUAGAGGCCUUGACCAUGAAACUUACUAACCAUCACCAGCCGUGGCAAAAUAACUGAAGUGUUUCUCGUUGAUGUGAUGACAGUUUUUUUGUUUGAUUGACAGAUGCCUUUAUAUUCGCUGGUUAAUUAAGAAAUGCCUUUUCUUUUAGAGACCGUUCGCUCAUGUUGUUCGUAAGCCUUAGAAACAAACGUGUAUUAGGAAUCUAAUGUUGCCAAAUCUUAUUCCAUUAUGAAAAACAAAGGAUCUCUCCAAUGCCCCAAGUUUAUUCUUUUCUUGAUCGAAACAAAUUCAUCAUCUGCAUAACACUAAUGAAAACAUGUCCGGGUCAUAUUCCACAUCAAAAUCCUGUACUAGUCAUUUUUACUGAAUUGCAUAAAAAAAGGCAGUAUAUUAUAAAAAUAUAUAUUAUAUUAAUGAAGUAUAUAUAUGUAUUAUAUUAUAUUAAAAAAUAUAUACAAUUUAUUUUUAAUAAUUUUUUUUUGCACUACAGUAAUUAUACAUUUUCAUUAAUCAUCUUGAAAAUGAUAAAUGUCAUUUAAUUUUGCCUGAUGUUUCUUGAUGCUAAAUCUCUUAAUUUUUUCGGGUCAUAUUUCACAGCAAAAUCCUCUUCUUUUUUUUCUUUUGCAUUUUGACAUUAUUUUCAUGAUAAUUAAAUACAUUUAACCCUCAGAUUUACAUUAUUGUCAUUUUUUUUUUUUGUAAUUCUCAUUCUCAGUGGUGAUUCUCCUUACUAAUUUUUUACUGAAUUGCAUUAAAAAGUCAGCAAACAUGCAUACAAUAAAUACAAUUUUUAUUUAUAUAUAUAUAUAUAUAUAUAUAUAUAUAUAUAUACACAUUUAUUUAAAAAUAUAUACAAUUUUUUAUAAUUUUUUGCAUUACAGUAAUUAUACAUUUUCAUAUUUCAAAUUAUGUCACUUCAUUUUGCCUGAUGUUUCGUGAUGCUAAACAUAAUUUCUUAAUUUUUUCUGUUGAUUUUGGGGUGAAAUAUGACAUUUUUGACUGGUUCAUGGGAUUAAUGUAAUUUCCUCAUGAAUGCAGUAGCUCGUUUUUGCUGUAGAAAUAUCUUUUGUGACUACAGUACAACAUUUGCAAUACUUCCAGCCAUUCUCCAGACGGUUUUCACUGUCUUCAGGCGGUGGUGCUCAUGGAUUCCUUACGUUUCGGUGUCACUACAGUAUUUGAGCGUGAGCUUGAUCUUCCUGAAUCCAGUCGAGUGACUCCAGACGUCCCUCAGGUUCACAUGAUGAUAUAUCAAUCUUGCUUCUCUUCCAAAUCCAGCUCAGACCAUCAGAUAUUCAUCUUGUCUUCAUAAUCUGCAGCCUCGAACGCUAUUAAACGAGAGACUGACGGCUGUAGACCUCCCUGAGAUCUGUUCAGGGCUUUCUCUGUCUUAUCCUUGAGCACAAUUAUGUCAGGUUUGAAGCCUCAAUUUGCUGCUUACGACUUACAGUUCAUUGGAUUUGAAUGCAUUGACGUGUUGGAUGGCUUUGCUGGUGGAUCAGUAUUUCCCGUCUGCUCGCGGGUUUCUACGGGUCGUUAACCUUCAGUCUUCAUAAUCACUGCUGUUCAAUGAUUGCCAUUUCUGUUUCUGUUUUCUUUGCACUUUCUUUUCUUUUGCCUGUUUUCAAUUUACUCUGUCUUUAUUUUUUUUUUUUUUUAAUCUGUGCUUUAUGUUGUGCAUGUAUUUUAAAUAUAUCAAUAUCUUAAUGCAGUUUUGGGUGUUUCGGGUUGCUUUCACUUUGAAAGUCAAUUCAAUAAAUUUCUCUUUCUGUUGUUUUUUCA